AAUUUGUAGGUCACAGUAACUGAUGGUCAACUUAUUAGCUUCGUCGUUUUUAGAUUCUUUUUGAAAUUAAUGAUAAAAAUCAUAAAAAAUCGUAAUAAGAUAAUAUUAAAAUGUUAGCUACACCAAUCAAACUUCUCUGCUUUUUUUUUGUAUUGACAUUAGCAGUUCCUAUCAUCAUUGCAAAAGAAACAUCUAUGUUGUUAAAUUUUACACCAUGCCGUUUAAGUGAUCCGAAUCUAAACCAAUGCAUCAGGAAAGCUUUAAACGAAGCCAUGACCGAUAUAGCUCGUGGUGUCCCCCGGCUUGGUUUACCCCCAUUGGAUCCGUUGAGCAUGCACUCACUGGAAGUUUCUAAUGGUGAAGGUCAAUCUCAAAUCGUUUUCAAAUUCAGAGACUUAGAUAUGUAUAAUUUAGGUUCUUUUGCUAUCAGCACUAUAAAUUUUGACCCGAACAGCUACAAAUGCUUUAUUGGCAUAGAAGCAAAGGACAAUAUUAUCUAUAAGGGUUUUUAUGAAGUCAAUGGAUAUUUAUUCAAGUUACCGGUGACGGGAAAAGGAAGAUGCGAAGUUUCGAUGGACAACUACAAAACUAAUAUAACGAUACAAUUUCAAAAAAUUACGAGCAACGGAAAACAUUUCUUGAAACCUGUAAAUUUAUCAAAGACAAUGUCAACUUCGAGAAUGCGUUUUAAUUUUCACAACUUGUUCAAUGGAAACAAAGUCCUCGGUGAUACAGUAAACAAUUUAAUGAAUCAAAAUUGGAUGGAGAUGCUGAAAUAUUUAGAACCCACGUUCACGAAAAUGUUGGAUCAAUUGUACAUACGCUAUGCCACCGCCUUUUUCCAAAAAGUGCCGAUGGACGAAUAUCUACAGGACUAAUUUUUAAGGCAUUUUUUUAAUGCAUAAUACAUAGUUUGAAAAAUAUUAUCAAAAAUAAUCUCAAUAUAAUAAAAUCUCACUUGUUAGAAAGCACUUGAAUAACAAGGGAAGUAGGGAACUAUUAUUGUGUAAAUCAAUUUAAUGUUACCGUUCAAUAUUGUGCAUUCUGUUUGGCAUACAAGUUUGGCUAGUUAAGAACAGUUUUUUUCUAACGGUGGUUGUGGUUGUUUUUCUAAUUAAUACAUUUUGAAUAUUACUAGUUGUGAAUAAUUUAAAUUUUAAUUAUUAAAAAACUAUGAUAAAAUAUA